CUACUCCGUUGACAGUUCAGUCGACUGCGCAGAUCUUUAAAAACUCCCGUCUCGAUCCGUCGAUUGCAGCGCGAUCUGGAAGGUAUUUAAGGUACCUAGCGGAAAUGACGGAGGCCACAAUUAGUCCGGAAUGGCCUUGGCGAACUAAUUUCGUAGCGUAUCGAAAUGGACACUUUGUACCUAUGCUUUAGUCUAGUUUUAAUCCGUCUACAUCGCAAACAUGGCGAUCGUUCGCUUGGAUUUUAAAGAAGACAACAAUGAUUACGGAAUGGAGAUUGAAAAACAAGCAAAUUUAUGUUACAUUUUUACUCACGAAUUGUUUCAGUUCCGAUAUAUAUUAAAUUCGUCGACGUGAGUAUCCGUGGAAUUAGCACAGUGCGAACGUGGCUUAAGGAUUGAUGCGAAGAACGUUUUAUUCUCCAAGUCGUAGCGAAUGAUCUCCUGAAAAGCAAAGAGAACCAAAAUACGUUAAAUAAUACACUAUUGAAGUAAGACAUUCAUGCACGAUGGUUUGCGUAUCAAAGGGACUCAUAUAUUAAUAUUUAAAUGCAUAAAUACAUCGAAAUUACGAGAGAACGAGUCUACUAUUUUGCUAUUGUUCAUCUAUCUCUUUCUAAAAUUAGACCUUAAAGUAAUAGGAUACAAACUUUUUCUUUUUUUUUUGUUAUCUAAUCUUCAUUUUUCCCUAGCAUGGAAAUCGUCCAAUUUCAAUAUUGUUCGUAUUUAUUCAUGAACAUUGGACAUUCUUUUUUUUUUAAAUUACCCUUAUAAAUAGUACAAUCAUUGUUCAUCGACAUCGCUCAAAUGAUUUAAAUGUGCCAGCGCCAUCUUGAAAUUUUGUAUGGACUUCAACAUUUACGGACCAGUUAAAGUAUUUAAGAAAUAUUCGUAUCGAAAUAUUGUUUAAUUACGAAGUGCCUUAUCGUCUUUCACCGUUUCAAGAUGUAGUCGGUAAAUUUACUUUUUUUACGCAUAAUUCUACCACGUUAGUUUUACGACACGUCAACAUACGAUGAAGUGUUUCUUUUGAAAACUAUGAUGUACCACCCGGUUCUUGUUGUUCGAAAAUAAUAUUUAUAAUUUAUCAUAAUAAAUAUCGGCACGUUUAUAUCGGACAACUGAUUGUACAAUGAGAAUUAAAAUAAUAAUAACUAAAUAUUAAAUGUACAGGCUUGUCCGUAAUUUUAAUAUUCUAUUGUAUAAUCAAUAUCCAUCCUAUUUCAUUUUCAUUAUUACUUUUUUUGUAUAUUGUCGUCGUGACGCCGAUAUUGUAUUUACACAAAAUUACUAUAGCAUCAAAAUGCAUUUACCUAAUAACCUAACAAGCGAUUCUAAUGAAAGUAUCGUACAACGUAUUAUUUGUGAAAAAAGAGGAAAACCUAAUACACAUAUAUCGUUCUUAAUUAUGUAUUAUUAUAUCAUAUAUAUAUUACAGAUAUACAUACAUACUGUUUGAUAUUCUAAUUCUCUCUUAUUGUUCUCUAUACUCUAUUCGUUAAAUUUUAUUUAUUUUCCAAGCUAGGAAUUUUAAUCAAUAAAAUAUCGAACGCGUUCCAGUACUUCAAUUUUUAUUAUGUAUGUACAUACAACGUGUUAACCUCCCAACCUAUGCUACUGUGUAUUUGACACCUGUGAAUAGAUCCUAAUACUGUCAUCGAUGUAAAAGACAGAUACUGGAAUUAUUGAGUUUCAAGAAUUCGCUUAGUUACCUUGAAAAAGUAAUGUGAAAUUUCAAUACAUAAAAUUCCAAGGCUUAUGUACACGGAGUAGCAUAAAUUUCAAACAGUGUUUAUACGUUCAAAAUUUGAUGAAUGAUUUUGAAAUAAAAAUGUAUGCAUACAAUUGUAAAUAAUUUAAUUAUUUCCAUUAUUUAUACACAGAAACUUUAUAUCCACCUGUAUUGCCAUGUGCGAGACUGCAUAUCAGCGCUUAUCAAUAAUUGUCUUACACCCUUUAUAUCUUACGUAUGUAUUUCGGUGGUGCGUGUGGCGAUAUGAUAUCAUCAAUGACGUCAACCUACUGUACGGUGAGCGUCAGGUUAUAACGCAAGCGUGCAUUUCAGUCAAUCGCGGGCAGCCGCCGGAUCUCAACAACUCUUCCAUAAGAUUCGUCAAGCAGCCUUCUCAUGAUGUCUCACUCGGUAACUAUUAGGACGGCGACGGUAACAUCGAACUCGUCAGCCAUCAUUAUCAACACUGGCUAUCUAAAGUCAUUCAAUGGACUGCUAAAAUUUCUACAACUGGCUCUAGGUAUCGUCUGCGUGGGAAUUAUGGGCCAUCAAUUUAAUCAAUUAUACGUGCGCACGACUGCUGAUCUUUUCUUUUUACUUAUCGUCACGACCUUUAUGAUAGCCACGUUUAUUCUCAUUCUUUCUUGCCUGGCGUCGAUAUCCACGGAAUCUAUUAUAUCCAAAACGAUCUAUGAACUGAUAUACCAUUCAAUCGGUUUUGGCCUACUACUUGCAUGUUCCUUGACAUUGUUGGUUCGGGUGAACGACAACAAAUAUUCGAGAGAUCACGAUUUGCUGUUGGGAGCCUCAAUUUGUGGACUAGUCAACUCAGCUCUUUAUUUACUUAAUACUAUAAUGGCGGUUCGAGCUUACAGAGGACUGUAAACUUGAAAAGUAAUUUUCCAAAUUUUGUUUGGAGAUCUUUUUGACUCUGCUUUAACAAUUUAUAUGUAAUAGUUCCGCGUACUGUUUUGUGAUUCAAAUAAUAGUUGUGAAAUUGCAUAAUUUUUAUUUUUGCUAUAUUUCUACGUAUAAUCUUUUUAGAUUACGGUUUUUCAAAAAUUUUCAUUCACGUACACUGGUACUUAUUACAUAAUACAAAUAUUUUGUCUCAAAUGCUUUCGACUCCGCGUUUGAGUAAUUUGCAGAAAUUUCCUGUUCUGCAGACGAAUCGAUAGUAAAGACUGCGCCUUGAAAGGAUAUCGAAACUUGCCACGGAAAGAUCGUUCGCUAUUUUAUAUACAUGGAUUUUGAUAUUUAUAAUAUUUUUAUAUUUGUAAACUACUGUGCCAUUUGUCAACCUCGUUGAAAGAUUUUCGAAAGAAAAUUCUUCACUGCGGUGAAUCAAGAUAGCUUAUAUACAAUAACAGAAACACAAAGUAUACAAUGAAUCUUAACUAAUGAUAAUUAUAAAUGAGUAUUGCAGGGUUUCACCAUAAAUCUUCCUAUAACAAUGCCUUUAUAUUUCAUAUAAAAAUUUAUAUUUUACAUUAUAAUGAUAAGAAUGUAGAUGAAAAUUAUUUAUUGAGUGUCCAUUGUAAUAUUUAUAUUGAAUAAAAUCGACUUGUCGAAUGUAAUACAA